CCUGUUAAAACCUGCGUAAAAUAUUAUGAGAACUUACAGAGGCCUGAGGGAUCAUUCAUGCACUCUCCUGGUUCUAAUGUUGUUCGCAUUGGCUGAGAUAGCAACUUUAUCAAACCCAAGAAAGGUGCACCUUCAGUCAAAAUUUAGAUUAGAACCAAAAUGUUUUCGAGGCAAUCUCAUGACAAUUCACGUAGAUAGGGCUUGUCAAGCUUCAGGAAGGCCUUGCAGGGCAAGGUGCGAUGGUGAAAGAAAAACAACUAACAACACAAAAUUUUCAGUCAGGAAAAUCAACGGAAAGAGAUGUAUUGAGUUCACUGUUGACCAAAGUACGAAGUAUGCAUUGAAAGUAACUAAGAGAACAAAUGAUGUCGUCUUUGAGAAACGGGAGUGUAACAAUUCCAUCGGCAGCGAGUUCCUUUUUGAUGAGGUUAGAGUAGAGGGAACGACUCGAUUGUACAGGUACAAGCACAGUGACACAACGUGCGUUGGAGUAUCCUCAGAUUGUCAAGACACUAGGUUAUACUUACACAACACAACUAUUAAUGAUAAGCGUUGCUAUUUCAGAAAAUGGGUGUAAUAUGUUAGACAAGUAUCAACAAAAUAAAGUGAAUUUCAU